GCUUAAGCCAAAAAUAUUGUGUUUCUAAGAUAAUUACUGUGUACCUGGUAACACUGACUUAUUCUUAUUAAUCAAUUGACAUUUGUCAUUGUCAAGUAACAAACAACGGUAACGCAGCGUUAUACUUGGCUGUAAUUUUUGAAUAAUAUAAACUAAAGGCUUCAUUACCUAAGGUUUACACUAGAUUUUUAAAAGUUUUUAGAAUAUGAGAUAACGAUUAAUCUUAUAACAAGGGAAUUUGUAAAAUUCUGAAUAUGGCUGGAAAUUUUUGGCAAAGUUCACAUCAUCAACAAUGGAUACUGGAUAAACAAGAUCUAGUUCGAGAUCGUCAACUUGAUUUAGCAAAGCUAUCCGAAGAAGAAUAUCAAAAAAUAUUUAACUUCUUUGCGAGCAUUAUACAAGUAUUAGGCGAGCAAUUAAAACUACGGCAGCAAGUAAUUGCUACUGCCACUGUGUAUUUCAAGCGCUUCUAUGCAAGGAACUCGUUAAAAUGUAUAGAUCCAUUACUUUUAGCUCCGACCUGUGUAUUUCUAGCAUCUAAGGUUGAGGAAUUUGGUGUUAUAUCCAAUUCACGACUGAUAACAACAUGUCAAACUGUAAUUAAGAACAAAUUCAGCUAUGCAUAUGGACAGCAAGAAUUUCCAUAUAGAACUAAUCAUAUACUGGAAUGUGAAUUCUAUUUACUGGAGAAUUUAGAUUGUUGCCUUAUUGUUUUCCAACCAUAUAGACCUCUUUUACUAUUUGUACAAGAUAUAGGACAAGAUGAUCAACUCCUUACAUAUGCCUGGAGGAUUGUUAAUGAUUCUCUGAGAACUGAUGUUAGCUUAUUGUACCCUCCAUAUCAGAUUGCAAUUGGAGCUCUUCACAUAGCAUGUGUCAUGCUCGGAAAAGAGAAUUUGAAACCCUGGUUUGCUGAAUUAAAUGUGGAUAUGGAUAAAAUACAAGAAAUAGUAAGAUCAAUAAUUAAUUUAUAUGAAAUGUGGAAGAGUUAUGAUGAGAAAAAAGAAAUUCAAAGUCUUCUAGGAAAAAUGCCAAAGCCUUGUCCAGCUCCCCAAAGAUAAUACUACUAUAUAAUGAAAUCAAUUAUUUUUAUUGUAUCUGUAUUACUCGAUAAAGAAUUAACUAUUUU